AUGGCUUCAAACGUCUUCUCGAGACUGAUGCCCUCAACCCGUGGCCGAUCAUUUUACGAAGAGCUCCGGGGCCGAGAUGACACACUUGAGAACGAAGAGCAUGCUGGCUUGCUUGACGACGAGAACUUAAACCACAACUUCCAAGACUACGAUCUGGAAAGCGCCCAAGGUCUUGCUGUCGAUGACAGCCGCAUAACGCUGGGAGGCGCCCCAACCUCGGCCCCAAGAGGUCGCGGUCGUUUGGCCGCACGAACGCAUCUUGAUGCUGGUAUGGGUUGGGCGUCCCACGACGAUGACGGCGACAACGAUGUACCUGCCUCGCUUCUCGUAGAGCGCCAUGACCGGGAUAAUGCAGGCGGGCCAGGACAGCCGACAAGAAAUCAGGCCGAAGACCCAACGGCGCCAAUCCCCGGGCCGUCAGGAGCUCGUCCCCAGUGGGAAACGACACAGGUCAGGCAGAGGCUCCAUAAUGAUGAAGCUUUUAAUCCGUCUCGAUCCUAUAGUGACGCACCCAACGCUCUCCUCGAUGGGGUCAUAUCGGGUAGCGCCAAGAAGAAGGCAGAGUGGAGGUGGGCUAAUGUGUCAAACCUUGACAACUUCAUCAAGGACGUGUACGACUAUUACCAAGGCUGUGGAAUGUGGUGCAUUCUCACGGAGAGGAUUCUCCAUCUGAUAAACGUUGCGUUCGUUGCCCUUCUCCUGACUUUCCUUACUCAGUGCGUCGACUAUAAGAGGGUUCGGGAGAGCCAGAAGCUAUCAGAGAUCCUCGUCCCUCAGUGUACAAGCAAUAUGUCAGGGCUCUGGAAUCUUGGCUUGUGGAUGUUUGCCUUCUAUUUUAUCUGGAAGUCGAUCCAGUACCUUCUGGAUGUCCGGCGGCUUCUGCACGUUCGCGAUUUCUUCCUUUAUAUGCUGAGCGUGCCGGAUCAAGACAUGCAAACGGUAACAUGGCAGGAUAUUGUCGCUCGGGUCAUGGCGCUAAGAGACCAAAACCCUAAUACAGCUACUAACUUGACGCCUGCGCAACGACGCUUCCUUGGCAGCCAAUCGAAAGAGAGACUAGACGCGUCCGACAUAGCCAACAGGCUGAUGAGGCGGGAGAACUACCUAAUUGCGUUGUUCAAUAAAGAUGUCCUAGACCUGACGAUUCCUAUACCGUUUCUGCAGAAUCGCCAGCUGCUUUCUCGGACACUAGAGUGGACUCUGAUGUUCAGCGUUCUCGACUUUGUCUUUGAUGAAAAGGGGCAAGUCAAUCAAGAGUUUCUGAGGUCUGAUCGUCGAGGCGAACUCAGCGCGAAACUGCGAGGAAGAUUUAUGUUUGCCGGUGUCAUGAUCCUUAUCCUGUCGCCUUUUGUAACCGGAUACCUCAUCAUCGUAUAUUUUCUCAUGUAUUACCACGAGGUUCAAAAAAACCCUUCCGUUUUAUCAUCCCGGACAUAUACGCCGCUCGCAGAGUGGAAGUUCCGGGAAUUCAAUGAGCUCCCUCAUCUUUUCAAGAAGCGCCUUGAUAUGUCGCACCCAUUUGCCACCCACUACAUGGACCAAUUUCCCAAGGUCAAGACAGAGAUGAUUGCCAAAACGGUGGCGUUCAUAGCCGGAUCACUUGCUACGGUCCUGGCAGUUGUUUCUGUCUUCGAUCCCGAGCUGUUUCUUGGCUUCGAAAUCACUCCGGAUCGGACCGUCCUUUUCUAUACGGCAGUCUUCGGGAGUGUUUGGGCAGUUGCUCGUGGCACAAUGUCUGAAGACAAUGCGGUAUUCGACCCCGAGUACGCCUUGCGUAACGUAAUCGAAUACACCCAUUACGAACCAGAUCGGUGGCAUGACAGACUUCACAGUUUUGAUGUUAAGAGAGAGUUUUCUGAACUUUACAAAGUCAAGAUUGUCAUCUUCAUUGAAGAAAUUCUGAGCAUCCUAACAACUCCGUUUGUACUUUUCGCCAGCCUUCCCAAGUCAAGUGACCAGAUCAUUGACUUUUUUCGGGAGUUUACUAUACACGUUGACGGGCUUGGCUAUGUCUGCUCGUUUGCCGAAUUCGACUUCAAAAAGGGUGUCGGCAACUCGAAGAGGCACGCAGACGGGGCCGAUGUCAGAGAUGACUACUACUCAACCAAGCAUGGAAAGAUGGAAGCAUCAUAUUAUGGUUUCCUGGGAAAUUAUGGCAACUAUGCCCUUAACCCCAAGAUGGGCGUGCCAGCACCACACCUCCCGCCCGGCAUGCGAAAUCAGUUCCACCCUCCGCCAGCCUGGCCGGGUAUGAGCUCGCCAACGCUCGGCCCCGAUAUGCAGGCGUCACGCAUGGGUCGCAGUGAACGUGCAAGGAGCAAGGCACCUCCCGCAAAAACACCGCGGUUCGGCCCCAUCGCACUUCAGUCAUCACCAAUGGCAUCUAUUCUCUUGGAUCCGCAUCACCAACCGCCAAAUCCGGGCUUUGGCCAUCGAACCACCCAUAUAGCACGCCAACAGCGAGGCAUAUAUCAGGGCGAAGGAAAUAACAUCAUUGAGGAGUCUCUAGAGGACGGUGGAGAGGAGAGUGAUGUGGGGAAACGGCAUGAUGAGGACGAGGUAUACGAGAGUGGAGGUGCUUUGGAGGAUUCAACAUGGCAGACAUCUGCAGCAAGGACGCUCAGCAGAGAGAAUAGUGGGGCCGAGGAACGCGGCGCGCCGGAUGCUGGAGUGGUACGCAUGAUCUAUCAGUUCAACCAAGCGCAGCUGAACCGGCGACCUGGAGGUGUUCGCUGA